CACUGAUGGGGAGGGAACACCUCCAUGUUUGCCCGCGCGCUUGUCUCUCUCGCACACACACACACACACACACACUCACUGUGCAGCAGCAGCAGACCUGCUGCAGCAUCGAUCCCUCAGGUUUGUUCUGACACAGACGGAACCAAACCCGGGACCAGGACCGGGACAAGAACUACGCGGCUGUAACCCGGGACAAAAGGCUCUUCAGGAUGAUGAUGAUGAUGAUGAAUCCGUCAGAGAAGAUGAAGAAAAAACCUCCCAAAGACAGUUUGACUCUGCUGCCAUGUUUCUACUUUGUGGAAUUGCCCAUCGUGGUGUCCUCCAUGGCAUCUCUGUACUUCCUGGAGUUGACCGACGUGCUGCAGCCAGCGCAGGUUGGAUUCCGUUGCCAUGACCGCGACCUCAGUAUGCCGUACGUGGACGAAGGAGACGAGCUCAUUCCUCUGCUGAUGCUGCUCAGCCUCGCCUUCGCCGCUCCUGCUGCCUCGAUCAUGGCGGUUGAAGGUAUGAUCUACGUCCUGCAGUCACAGCUGAAGCUGCGUCGCCACGAGGGAAGUAUCAACGCAGGAGGCUGCAACUUUAAUUCAUUUUUGAGGAGGACGGUGCGUUUCGUAGGUGUCCAUGUCUUUGGUCUUUGUGCGACUGCUCUGGUCAGUGACAUCAUCCAGUUGUCAACAGGUUACCACGCCCCUUUUUUCCUGACUGUCUGUAAACCCAACUACACUCAGGCUGGAGUGUCAUGUGACCAAAACGCUUACAUCACCAGAGACAUUUGCUCUGGUCACGACCAGCACGCCAUCAUGGCCGCUAGGAAGACGUUUCCGUCCCAGCAUGCAACUCUGUCUGCCUUCGCUGCCGUUUAUGUUUCGAUGUAUUUUAACUCAACCAUCUCAAACAGCACCAAGCUGCUCAAACCUGUGCUGGUGUUUGCGUUUGUCAUCGCUGCAGCUUUGACGGGUCUGACCCAGAUCACUCAGCACCGCAGUCAUCCCAUCGAUGUUUACGCAGGUUUCCUCAUCGGAGCCUUCAUCGCUGCGUACCUGGCCUUUCAUGCUGUGGCUAACUUCAAGUCCUCUGAUGACAUCACUCCAGCCCCACCUCCUCCACCUCCAAAAGAAGACCCGCUCCGAGCUCUGACAGAGCGAGGACACGAGUCCGUCUACAACAAAGGGCCCGCCUCCGCCUCGGACAGUAACGACGAGAUCGCAGCGGCCCCGGCGUCAGUGUCGGUGCCACUGCAGAGAGAGAGCACAUCCAUGAGCAGCCUGAAGAGGGCGAGCGUGGACGUGGAGCUGCUGGCUCCUCGCAGCCCCAUGGGGAAGGAGACCAUGCUGACCUUCAGUCACACACUGCCCAGAGCCAGCAUGAACGUCAACGGGCUCAUGGAGGAUCCGGUUCCGUCUGCUCAGCCAGUUCAAAGGCGUCUGAAAGCUGUGCAGGUUCCCGUGGACCCGCUGCGAACGCAACAGCUGGUGUCCGAGUGGAAGCAGAAAUCCAUGGAAAUGAGAGGCCAGAGUGUCCACGAAGAGGCGGAGCGGGACGCCAGUGAGGACGGUUCUGAGGGUGGCUCGGUGGCCACGGAUGACGGCGGCUCUCAGGUUCCUAUCUACCAACCACCAGUCCAGGCUGCUAAGCCUGUGGCAACUCCUCGCCCGCCACAGAUCCCAGAGGCAGGACCUCCACCAGUUUCCCCAAAGAGCGCUCUGACCCGAGCCAAGUGGCUCGCCAUAAGGGAGAAGACUAGUGAGGGCGUGGCCCGUGGAGCAGCUAACCAGCCGCGGCUCAUGCAGGUCAUCGCCAUGUCGAAGCAGCAGGGCCUCCUUCCGUCCUCCUCCUCUGAGACCGCCUCCACCUGCUCCGGCACCUCCUCCACCACCAACUCCCCACACUACGGCCCCGCCUCUGAGCAGCAGCGGGAGGGUCCAGGCAUUGUCACCAUGGACACCCAUGCCCCUCACCAGACACUGCCUCCCCCUCAGGCUCUGGCCCUGGCAGGUAAUGGUCACCCGUGGCAGUGGGCGGGGGCAUCCACGGGUGGUGACCCGCGGGACACGUGCGACCUCAACAGUCUGAACCGAGGAGACUCGACCGCCAGGGGCAGCAGCUUCCGCCCGCACCGGUCUGUCUCCCCACGUGUCACCACCGACCCUGAACCUGCUCCUCCCCCACCUUUCCACCAGGUGGAGUCGUCAUCGGAGGCGAAGCACAGGGAGACGGCCAUGAGACGUGAGACGGCCAUGAGACGUAAGACGGCACUGGUUCUGCUGGAUCGAGAGCUUCAUAAUCAGACUGAAGAAAACUUCUACAAGAGUUCACACGGAUGCAGGUUUAAGGAGAAUUAGGCUUUUCAGAAUAAAAGCUUGGUUUACGGACAGCAGACCAAGGUGUCCACCAGGGGGCAGCUGUUUAUUCAUAAUAACAAAACAGUUCAUGUUGCACAAGGAAACGAAGGACCCAAAAAACAUGUAAACAACAAGUGUGGGGAAGGAGGCAAAGGAGGUGGGUGUGGGUGUGGCUGUAGCUUACGGGCGGGGCUGGUGAAUAAACUGCGCAGUGCUGUGUCUCCAAGCAGGAAGACAAAGUGUUUCAAUGGCAACUGUCUCAGCAUUGACGACAGCAGCAGUUUGAGUUUCCUCACUCUUUAUUUCCUGGAUGAGUGUUGUUGUCUUUCUGUUGUGCGGUUGCUAUAGUGAUAGUCAGCAUGUUGGUUUGUUAGUGUGCUGCUCUGUGAUUGGUCAAAGGUGAAUGUUUGUGUUUAUGAGAGUAAAUAUUUAUCCAGAUCAUAAUAUUGAGAUUAAAUUAAGAUUAAAGAUUCAACGUCCACACCAUCAUCAAUACAAGCUAUGAAGUCAUCAGUAAAGCUGUGCUCUGUGUCUCUGAUGUCCACCGUGGACAAAAUGUCUAAAUUGACUUUUGGAAAGUGUUGAUCACAAAUAAAGUUGUAAUGUUUUGA